UUUCGUCAGAUUUGCCCGCCUCGUGCUGAUUGAACAUCAAUUGCCAAAUGAGGCACAAAACCCACAAAACCCAUUAAAAGCCCUUUCACGUUGAAUAACAAAUCAAUCAAUGGCUUCUUCACUCUCUUUCACUUCUCAUCUCGUCCAAUUUCCCAUCUCCGAUCCUAUUGGAAAUUGCACUUUCAAAUUACCGAAACUGCCCCUGCCCUCAAUCCACUGCGGUAUUCGUGAACUACGACAAAGAAUCGAAACAGUUAAGAGCACCCAAAAAUUUACAGAGGCAAUGAAACUAGUCGCAGCUGCCAAGAUUCGAAGAGCCCAAGAAGCAGUCAUUAGUUGUAGACCAUUUGCUGAAACACUUGUUGAUAUGUUGUACAACAUUAGCCACCAGGCUCAGUUAGAAGAUGUACAGAUUCCUUUAACAGAUAUAAGACCUGUAAAGAAAGUUGCACUUAUUGUUAUAAUUGGUGAAAGAGGUCUUUGUAGGGGUUUUAAUAACGGAAUAUUGAAAAAAGCUGAGAGUCGUAUUGAGGAAUUGACGAAUCUUGGAAUUGAGUACACUUUGAUUAGUGUUGGUAAAAAGGGUAAUGCGUAUUUUCGACGAAGGAGAGGUGAGUUUGUUGAGAGAUUUGUUGAAGGAGAGAGUUUUCCGACGACGAAAGAGGCUCAGGUUAUAGCUGAUGAUGUUUUUUCGUUGUUUGUGAGUGAAGAAGUUGAUAAAGUAGAGGUUGUGUAUACUAAAUUUGUUUCGUUGGUUAAAUCUGAUCCGGUGAUUCAUACGUUGCUUCCAUUGACGUCGAAAGGGAAGGUAUUCGAUGUGAAUGGGAGGAGCGUUGAUGUAGAUGGAGAUGAGUUUUUUAGGUUGACUACUAAGGGAGGAAAAUUGGCUGUGGUGAGGAAUCAUUUGAGGGUGAAAAAGGGGGCUUUUGUGCCUAAUUUAGAGUUUGAGCAAGAUCCUGCUCAGAUUCUUGAUGCAUUGAUGCCUCUAUAUUUGAAUAGCCAGAUUUUGAGGGCACUUCAAGAGUCAUUUGCAAGUGAGCUUGCAGCUAGGAUGAAUGCAAUGAGUAGUGCCACGGAUAAUGCUGUUGAGUUGAAGAGGAAUCUUUCUAUUGCUUAUAAUAGAGAGAGACAGGCGAAGAUCACGGGUGAGAUAUUGGAGAUUGUUGCUGGAGCAGAUGCACUUACAUAGCUGCGCUGAUUCUGAUAUGCAAGACUUCAGGUGAUUCAGCUAGUGGAGGAGAUCUGCAAUCAUCCAAAAGCGACAUGUAGAGUAAGUCUGUAGCAGUUAGAAUUAGUUUGUAGAGUCUGUAAAUCAUACUGCUGAGCUAUUCUCAAUUGCCGUCACAAAGCAACUCUGCAUUUAUGACAUUAGAAAUGUUAGCGGGUGCAAUAAAAACCACAACCCAAUCACCCAUAAAAUUUCUUAAAACACCUCCUAUUCCUUGUUUAUCAUGGUGAAGCAGCCAUCAGUGUUCUAACAUAUAGGUAUUAGGGUCAGCUAGGCUGCCAUUUUUAGGUAAACAGGAUGCACAACUUGUUUGGGAAGGCAGCAGCCAGCAAGAUACAAACACUCAGUAGAGUGCUUAUGGAUGUUCGAGUAGGACACAUUUGGUGUGGUGCAUUGUCAAAAAUGCAUUUGGUACGAUCUUUCCAGAUAUGCCACAAAGCAAACGGAAGAAGUUUGUAAAGAGGAAUUCCAUCCAUUUAAGCUGGAUGAUUUUGUAGUUACUAAAUGUUUAAGCCAUAGUAUAGGUUUAAUCGCCACCUCCCCCUAUAGCAUAGGUUUAAUCAGAGGCGGAUCCGGAUCCAGGAUUUAAACUCGAUGGGAUUAACCUUUAAUAUUUUUAGUAUUGACUGAUCAUUACAUUUUAAAAGUUAUGGGUAUCUACUAUUUGUUGUAAUUUUAGUGAAUUUUUACA